CGAGAUUCUGUGUAAACGGGCAUACGGGGACUUUUCAAAAUGACUGGUCGAGCCUCUCUGGCAUGCGCUGGGUCAGAUCUGGCUCGUCCGGGUCUUAAUUUUCCUCGGUGCUCUAUCAAAUAUGCCCGAUUAAAACCCGUCAGAGUGAUGCCGCCGAAGAACGGAGCUUGUUCCGAUAUUACAGACUCGAAGCUCACCUCGUCUACCUUUCUAUCUCUCUCUCGGGCCCAUGGCUUCUUUCGGUUGUCGUGAUGGCGUUCAGAAUACCCUUUCCGCAAGACUUUUGGCAAGAAUACCUCUCUGGAAGGGAGGCAACCAUCCCAACUCUGCCUGUUAUCUCAAAUGUCUCUGACCGAGUCAUCCGGGUUCUGGGCGGAAAUGCAGGUCCCAUGCGACUGCAGGGAACGAACACAUACUUAGUUGGAACAGGCAGAUCUCGGAUCCUAAUCGAUACUGGUCAGGGGAUGCCUUCUUGGAUUCGAGAUAUCACCCACGUACUAGAGCAGCGAGAUAUAGACAUCUCCCAUGUUCUUCUCACUCACUGGCACGGUGACCAUACAGGCGGAGUUCCCGACCUUGUGGCGUAUAAUCCAUCUUUGUCCUCGCGCAUUUACAAAAAUCGACCCGACAACGGGCAAAAGAAUAUUCUAGACGGGCAGAUCUUCCAGGUUGAGGGAGCCACCAUCCGCGCAGUCCAUACCCCCGGUCAUGCAGCCGAUCACAUGUGUUUCUUGAUGGAAGAAGAAAACGCUCUCUUUACGGGCGAUAACGUGCUAGGCCACGGAUACUCGGUUGUGGAGGAUCUGGGACAAUAUAUGGAGAGCAUGGCGCUAAUGGCGAAUUUGCGUUGCCCGCUGGGAUACCCAGCCCAUGGAGCAGUGAUUAACGAUCUCCCAGAUAAGAUGCGCGAGUAUAUCAAGCACAGAGAAUUUCGGGUGCAACAGGUCUUUUCCAUAUUGGAGGAAUGCCGAACGACUGCGAGACAGGGCUCGGGACGGGGUUGCUUGACGCUACACGAGAUUGUAACGGCGAUGUAUGGCGAUGUUCCGGGCGACAUUGAGAAGGCCCUUGCGCCGUUCCUCAGUCAGGUCUUAUGGAAAUUAGCUGAAGAUCGAAAGGUUGGGUUUGAGCCGGGAGAUGCGACAAAGCGGCGGUGGUUUGUCCGUGCGCGUCGAAUGAAUUGAAUCGAACUUAUCUAAAGUGAGAUAAAGAUUGCGUUGGCUUAGUAUUUAGAUAGCCUUCUGUUAUUCUAGAAGUCCGGUAAACCAGUUGGUUUACACGAGUAUGGCAUGUUGUGAAAUGAGUCGGUC